GAACAGCCAAGCGAGCUUCCUCUCUCUGUGGGAAUAACAAGCCCCCCUUCUCCAUGGCCCACCUGGGAGCCCACUUCGCCUUCAGAUCCCGCUGGCAGAGGACCGAUGAUGAACUCUGUCGACAUAGUAUGUCCUUUGUCCUUCACAAAGCCAUUCGCAAUGACUUCUUUCAGAGCUAUCUCUACCUGCUGGAGAAAACCCCCCUGGUGAAAUUGUAUGUUUUAACCAGUCAAGUCAUCAAUGGUGAGAUGCAGUUCUAUGCCAGAGCUAAACUUUUCUACCAAGAAGUGCCCGCUACAGAAGAGGGGAUGAUGGGAAAUUUCAUUGAACUGUCCAAGCCAGAUAUCCAGGCCUCUCGGGACUUUCUUAGGAAAUUUGUUGGGGGGCCCGGGAGAGCUGGCACGGACUGUGCCCUGGACUGCGGCUCUGGGAUCGGAAGGGUCAGCAAGCAUGUCUUGUUGCCAGUUUUCAACAGCGUGGAGCUGGUGGACAUGAUGGACUCGUUCCUCCUCGAAGCCCAGCACUACCUGCAGGCCAAGGGAGACCAGGUGAAAAGCUAUCACUGCUGCAGUCUGCAGAAAUUCACACCCCCGCUGGGGAGAUACGAUGUCAUCUGGAUUCAGUGGGUCUCCGGGUACCUGACCGAUAAAGACCUCCUUGCAUUUCUGCGCCGGUGCCGAGAGGGCCUGAGAGAGCACGGCGUCAUCAUCCUGAAGGACAACGUGGCUCGGGAGGGCUGCACGCUGGACCUCUCUGACAGCAGCGUGACCCGGGACCUGCGCAUCCUGCACAGCCUGGUGCGGAAGAGCGGGCUGGCGGUGCUGGGCCAGGAGCCGCAGGGCGGCUUCCCAGCGCAGUGCGUGCCGGUGUGGAUGCUCGCGCUGCACCGCCGCGGGCGCUCCUGA